AUGGCCCCUUCCGUCAAGAAUGCAUCCCCUGCGCCAGACAUACUUAGCUCCACAGUCAAUUCUGGCUCGUGCCUGGCAAUCACACCUGUAGUAUCUCUCAACCUCCCGAACCUCGUACAAACGUUCAUCAUCACCAUCGCGUCGAGCAUCACGAGGGGAAUAGUAACACCAGCGAUGUUGUGGUGUUCAUCACUUAUUACACGCAGGCAGCUCUACUUCCCUCUGUUGAACCUCAGCGGCGUAUACCGCGCAAUCAACCAAACCCUCGUUGAUACCGAGAAAUUGCUUCACCUCGAUGAGCCUACUGAAGUGGUCGAUGAACCUGAUCCUAAGGAAUCAGUAGUCUCGAACGGCGAAGUUGAAUCUUACAACGUAUCUUUCAUUGACCACCAAACUUCCGCGCUGCAUAAUAUUUCCCCCGUGGCGAAAGCGGAGAAGGCAAAAGCACAUUCCUGUGCCUCUUCUACCGUUUCUACAACCUCCAACCCGGCUCAGGGUGUAUCCUAAUCGACAGUCAAGACAUCCGCAUGGUCAUGCUCUCGAGCCUGCGUCGUGCAAUAGCCGUCGUACCCCAAGACCCCGUACGCUUCAACGCCAACAUCGGGCUUAUAGCCAGCCUUCCAUCACGCCCCCUGAUAAAAGCACCAUUAUGUCAAAUGCGUACCCGCGAGUAAACCCCAGACGGGUGUGGGUGUGGGUACGAGCUCGUCGUAGUCUCGCAAAAAACCCAUACCAGUCAGAGCGGGUACAGGUUUUUCCCAGGCAUGGGUGCGGGCGUGGCCUUUGGUACCCGGUGGUUCACCUGUGCGGAUCCCUAGCGUCGACAGAUAGAAACAUUUGAUGUUAGUAUAUUAAUAUGAAUUAUAACGAAAAUGAUGUCAUCAGGACAAUAUUAAAU